GGCAGGUAGGGCGGGCGGGCGGCGCGGGGCCCGCUCCCCGGCCAUGGCUCAGACGGAGCCCCCGAAGGCGGUGCGGCUGUGGCGCGACGCCGCCCUGCGCGUUCGGAAGCUGCGGGGCGGCCCCGACGAGCCCGAUCCGGAGCCGGACGAGGGGCCUCCGGGGGGGCCGCCGUCGCCCGCGGCCCGCCGCCCGCCGUUGGGAGAGCUGGAGGCGCUGAACCUGAGCGGGCGGGGGCUGGAGGAGCUGCCCGAGGAGGUGGGCGCCGCCCUGAGCGGGCUGCGGGUGCUCAGCCUGCGGCGCAACCGGCUGUGCCGCCUGCCCGCCGCCGCCCUGCGGCACCUGGGCCGCCUGGCAGAGCUGGACCUCAGCCACAACCGGCUGCGGGGCCUGGGCGACGGCAGGGCGCUGGCGGGGCUGCGGGGCCUGCGCAAGCUGAGCCUCAGCCACAACGAGCUGGGUGCCGAGAGCCCCGGCCUGCCGCCCCGCCUGGCCGAGCUGGCCCGCCUCGAGGAGCUCGACCUCAGCUUCAACCGCCUGCGCCGCCUGCCCGAGGGCUUGGGCUGCCUGCGGCACCUCCGUGCCCUCGACAUCGACCACAAUCUGCUGCCCUGCUUCCCCACCCCGCUGCUGGAGCUUGCCGCCUUGGAGGAGCUCGACUGCUCUGGCAACCGGCACCUGGGAGCCCUGCCCGAGGGCAUCGCUGCCCUGCGCCACCUCAAGAUCCUCUGGCUGAGCGGCACGGGCCUGUCGUCCCUACCUGAGGGCCUCUGCCAGCUGGGCGCCCUGGAGAGCCUUAUGCUGGAUGGCAACCAGCUGCGGACUCUGCCCGCCGGCUUCAGUGGCUUGCAGCGGCUCAAGAUGCUGAACCUCUCCUCCAAUUUGCUCGGUGAGUUCCCUGCUGCCAUCCUGGCGCUGCCAGGGCUGGAGGAGCUCUACCUGAGCCGCAACCAGCUUGCUGUGCUGCCUUCUCACCUCUGCCAGCUCCGCCAGUUGCGCACCCUCUGGCUGGACAACAACCGUAUCCGUUACCUGCCCGACUCCAUCGUGCUCCUGCACAGCCUGGAGGAGUUGGUCCUGCAAGGCAACCAGAUUGCCAUCCUGCCCGAGGGCUUCGGGCAGCUCUCCCGUGUCACCCUGUGGAAGAUCAAAGAUAACCCCCUCAUCCAGCCUCCCUAUGAGGUCUGCAUGAAAGGCAUCCCCUACAUUGCAGCCUACCAGCAGGAGCUGGCCCACUCCCAGCCUGCUCUCAAACCCCGCCUCAAGCUGGUCCUCAUGGGUCUGAAGGACGCUGGCAAGACCCUGCUGAGACGAUGCUUGAUGGAGGAGGAUGGGCAGAAGGAGGAUGCAGGAAGCCUGGAAGCAGGGAGCACCCAGCCCCGAGGGUGCCCUGGGCAACAGCAGGAUAGUGGGAGAGCAGUGGGAUGCUGUGCUGUCCCUGAGGAUGCUUCCGAGCGGCGGGGCAUAUGCUCUCACGUGCCAUCCCACCAAGGGAAAGGAGAAAGGCCGUGCUCUGCGCCCUCACUGCCUCCAGAUGCCUCCCAGGUUUCAUCAGGACUGCGACUGUCGGGCAGCAAGGGCAUUGAGGUGAUGGACUGGACUGCAGACGCAGAGAGGGGUUUGACAUUCAUUGUGUAUGAGCUGGCAGGGGACCCGACCUACGAUGUGAUCCAGUCCUUCUUCCUUUCUCCCGGAGCGCUCUAUGUGCUGGUGGUAAAUCUGAGUGCCUACGUCCCUCAGCACUUCUACCCCUCCGUGGGCUAUUUCUUGCACUGGCUGGGUUCCAAGGUGCCCCACGCUGUGGUGUGCAUGGUGGGAACCCAUGCUGACCUCUGUGCUGAGCGGGAGUUGGAAGAGAAGUGCCUGGACAUUCAUCACCAGAUUGCCCAGCAGGAAAAGAGGGAUGCUGAGGGCCUCCAGAGUCUUGUCCAGCAGGUAGAUGAGGCUCUGGGACAGGACUUUGACCUGCGCUGCUCCAGCCCUCACACUGCCUUUUAUGGGGUCUCAGACAAGAACUUGAGGCGAAAAAAAGCCCAGUUUCAAUAUCUUCUCAACCACCGGCCUCAGAUCCUCUCUCCUGUGCUGCCUUUCAGCUGUUGGGACCACUGCCAGGUGCGUCGCCUGCGGGACAAGCUCCUCUCAGUGGCUGAGCACCGUGAUAUCUUCCCGAACCUGCACCGGGUGUUGCCCAAGUCCUGGCAAGUGCUGGAAGAGCUGCACUUCCAGCCACAGGCUCAGCAACUGUGGCUGAGCUGGUGGGACUCUGCCCGGCUGGGCUUGCAGGCAGGCCUGACGGAGGACCGGCUCCAGAGCGCCCUGUCCUACCUGCACGAGAGCGGGAAGCUGCUGUACUUUGAGGAGCACCUCACACUGCGGGAGUACGUGUUCCACAACCUGCCGCGACUCAUCGACAUCCUCAAUGUUUUCUGCCAGCGGGAUGCCACUGUGCUGCUCCAGAAACUGCUCAGUGACACCCACGUUGAUGAGCUGAGGGCCACUCAGCUCCAUCAUUACGUGGAGGGCUUCUUGCUGCACGGCCUCCUCCCUGCCCAUGUUAUCCGCCUCCUCCUCAAACCCCAUAUCCAGAGCCGGGAGGACCUGCAGCUCAUCCUGGAGCUGCUGGAGAAGAUGGGGCUCUGUUACUGUGUCAACAAACCCAAAUCUAAGCCUCUAAAUGGGGCGACCGCUUGGUACAAGUUUCCCUGCUACGUGAAGAAUGAGGUGCCCCAUGCGGAGGCAUGGAUCAAUGGUGCCAAUCUGAGUGGCCAGUCGUUUGUGGUGGAGCAGCUGCAGAUUGAGUACAGCUUUCCCUUCAUUUUCCCACCUGGCUUGUUUGCGCGCUACAGCGUCCAGAUCAACAGCCAUGUGGUUCAGCGCUCAGAUGGCAAAUACCAGAUCUAUGCCUACCGGGGGAAGGUGCCGGUGGGGGUGAGCUACCGGCCUGCCCGGGGAGCCCUGCAGCCAGAUACACUGUCUAUUGCUAGCCACGCAUCCCUACCAAAUAUCUGGACAGCUUGGCAAGCUAUUACUCCCUUAGUGGAAGAACUGAAUGUCCUGCUCCAGGAAUGGCCGGGCCUGUACUACACUGUGCACGUCCUCUGUUCAAAGUGCCUUAAAAGAGGGUCACCCAACCCACACAGUUUUCCAGGAGAAUUGCUGAGUCAGCCAAGACCAGAGGGACUGACGGAGAUCAUCUGUCCUAAGAAUGGCAGCGAGCGAGUUAAUGUUGCCUUGGUUUACCCCCCCACUCCUACUGUGAUCAGCCCUUGUUCCAAAUAAAUCAUCAGUACUGGUGCCAAAGGUUUUCCACCGGAGAGGAAUGUGGCUGAUGCUCUACAGUGCUCCCAUCUCCAGUUGUGGAGUUGCAUGCUGACAGGGAUUGGUGGUAAUUUGGGACUCAGAUGCCACAGGGCAGUUCGCAGGCGGAGGCUUCAUGGCUGAAGUGGACACGGUCACCUGCAAGCUGGGGAUGACAACGAGACAUGAAGCAAAGCAAUUGCAGAUGGCAGGGCUGCCGGCCAGAAGAAAAGCACUGGGGAUAGGAUUCUGUGGACCCAUUGAUUGCGUAUUGAAACUCAUUGGGAUCUCAUGAUGAAUGUAAAAUUGUUCUUAGUACCAUUUAAUUCAGACCUGCUUGGAGGAAAAUCUCUUGAAAUGAGCUGUAGCAGAAUUCCCUGGAUUUGUUCCUGAACAAGAAGAAAAUAGUGAUUUAUUGCUGAGCUGUUGCGUGAAAUCCACGUUGCAAAGAUAUCACCAACUGGAAUCCUUCUCCAGACAGGAGAUCAGCUUCCCAGUGCGCCCAGCUGGUGUGGGAUUCAGGAGUGCUAAAGGAGCAAGAGGACAGAGCAGACACCUUACAGCCUGCUCCGUGGGACUGCAGCCCUGCUGCCACCUCAUCAGGAGCUCAGCGUCACCUGGCCUUUGCAGGCAGCAGGCAUCUAGCCUGUUCCAUGUACUGAAGCCAUAAAGCUGGGAGUAUGGCAGUCGAGUUAUUUAAUAUGAAAUUGGGAUCACUCAUCCGCCCACUGUUUAGUAACUGGUGUAACUGUUUUCAUCUGUAUUUUUUUAUAUGCUAAAGCCAUUUAAUUUUCUAUGCAGCUCAGAAAUGCCUCCCCUUUGCAACUGCCAAGUGAGAGAUCUGUGCAGGAAAACCACGCCAAGUGGCUGCCAGCCCUUUUGGUUUUGCUGCUUCUCUCUUUUAAGGAUGUGUCCUGGAAUCUUCUGCAUACAGCAUCCCUUUGCUGAGCUCCUGUCUCCUAGACUCUAAACAGCAUCACUGAGCCCCAGGGAUGAGUGCCCUGUAUGUUUGAAGGAACUUUCAUUUUUCUUGAGUCAAGCCUAAAGGAAAGAGGGCUUGAAGAUGGUGCUCUAAGAACAGAGAUAUCCAGUUCAGAGCAUGCAUUCCUACUCUGCUCUUGUCCUUGCUCUGAGAGUUAUUGAACUGUUAGAAAAGGACCAAGGCUGCUGCAGAGCACCCUGCAGACUUUACAGCAAGCAUACAAUGAAGAAAGAGGGCAGAUAGGACUGGGGCAUCAGUUGUCCUCCCUGUGGAACUGAUGGUGACUGUAACUCCUUUGGAAGAGGAGAGGAAUCUCCUGAUACUUGAUCCUCACUUCACUCAAGAGGGCCUUGCACUGGUUUUGGUCAUUGGUUUGCAGACCUCUUGCUUGCUAACCAGUUGAUUUCAUGAUGCAACUGGUGCACAUGGACUUGGAAGCAGAGUUGUAGGGCUUUCAGCGCUCAUACUAGAGCUCAUACUGGAGUAUCUUGUGUUACACUUGGAAGCAAACACGGGAUUCAAACAUGCAUCCGUCCAAAUGAAACUCUCACUAUAGGAAUUUUGUUUUCUGCUGAGUCUGUGUAACACUGAAGAAGCUGCAUGUCCCAAAGCAGCAUCCAAAUAUGUUGAGGUAGAGCCCAAAGGUUGAUAUUGUAUAUCUAGCUCAUCUUGGGGCUUGCAGGAGUUCUUGGAGGCCUCUGACAACUGCAAAGGAUCCUAGGGGUGGGGUCACUCUAUUUUAACUCUGAUGAAGGCAAAAAGGUCAUAGAAAUAAGAUGGGUUCAGUCUGCUACACUGCCAAGAUGGAUUUGACUAGUCCCCUUUCUGCAUUCUGUCUCUGCUCUGAGUUUGGUACACUCAGCUUUAAAGCAGAAUGGAAAAAAACAUCAGACUGGGGGUUAUCCUGCCUUGUGGCAUCUGAAAUCAAAGGGAUGAGGCUGGGGGCUGUGGAGGUACACGUUCUCACCCUUGCAGCAUCCUCAGCUCAGCUGUCCAGCAGCACCGGAGCUUAAAUGUGGUCCCUGUCCUGUUCCCAUUUCUCCUUUGUUCCUCUGACCUGGUUAAAGUUUGUCAGAGCAGCAGGGGUCUCUUGCUGUGAAAAGCAGAUGUGGCUUUGUUAAAGGGAACUGCAGAUGUUAUUUAGGAGUUCACUAAGUGAUGUGGAAACCCUCUAGCUCACUCCUACAGAGCCAGAUGCUGGAGCUCAGCUUCACUCUUUGGUUGGGAUCUUGGGCUGCCAUCCUUGGAAGGGCAGUGGGGAGAUGGAGAUGCUGCACUGCAGUAAGCACAAGAAGAGUCAAGGCCUCAGUGUAGCACUUACCAUGCACUUCACGGCUCAGUUAAUGAACUGUAAUUGCAGGUAUUCACAUCAUCUGCAUACCUGGGCAGGACUCUGCACACACACACACAUGCAUGCCCAGACAUACACGGACCGCACCGACACAUCCUCGCCAAAACAACAAAAUAAAAGUGAUCUAAAUCUCAAGGAGAAGCUUAGCUGUUUGGUUUGUUUUCCAAUUCCAGUGCUUGAGUCCUGCCUCUGGGGUGGUCGGUCUGGGACUAAUUGCAGCCUUGCUUUUUUUGAACGUGGAACAGAGCUACUCACGAGAGUGCUGGAAUGGGCUUUUACAGGAAGUGGCACACAGGAACUGUUCCUGUGCUUUCCUGCAGGCUUCUGGCAGUAGAUUUGUUGCUGUAAAUGGUGUUUAGGAGCUAUUGGCUUGCUGGGUGAAUGUGCCCAGGCCUGCCUGAGGUGGAGCCUGGCUGCAGCUCGGAAGAAAUGAUGUGGCUAAUGCAGGGAAACAUCCUGGGUGGCAUUUCUGCCUGGGUGGCUUUCUUUGGAGCUGGAGAAGUGGAUUUUCCUCCCUGUUUCACAUUCUUUUGUAGGUUUUAGUCGGAAGUGGGGGGACAAGAUGCCACCCAGCAUGCCCUCCUUAUGACUCUGGGAUUCCCCUUGAAAGGUGACAGGGUUUGAAAAGAUGUUUGUGCCUGUCAUGGUCCUUGGUUCCUGUAGGGUAGACCAGGCUGUAUACAGUCUGGCCAACAUCUGUCCCCAUCAGCGUGAUGCCUCACUUCUUCCAUGCUUAGGUUUCCCUGGGAGUUACCGAGUGUGCUUUGAAGUGGGGCUAAUAGGAAAGGGAUGUAGGGAUGGUGCCAUCCUGCCUCCUGCUGCACAGGGACCUAGAUGCCCUACCCGCUGUUCAGAUUUGGAAUUUAUCCCAAGGAUCUAUACACACUUUUUCCCAAACUCUUCCUGUCUCCUCAAACAGUGACCGCAUAGAAUCUACUCGUGUUCUUCGCUGUUAAGUGUUGAUUAAGGGAGGAGCGGCACGAGCAGAGAGCAGCAGUGAGUGCCAGCAUGCUCAAUAACCGGAGGUUCUCCCCUAUCGCUGGCAUCUCAUCUUAUCUCAGCUUCCAGGGACACCCGAGGUGCUGCCGGUGUCCGUACCCGGCCCGGAGCAGCCGCAG